GCAAUCACUAUCUUGAUGUCAUCGGUUUUAAUUCAUAUGUUUAUUUAUUUAUUUAGAAGAAGUAAAUAUAUAGGUCGUGUUAUUAUACACAAAUAAUAAAAAACAUGUAAUAAAGAAAGAAACAAUAAUAAUUAGAGGAAAACAGAGGUGUAAUAGUAGUAGUAGGCCUCUAUAAAUACUCUGCAUGGCUCUCACUCUCUCCUCACCAAAAAUUUGAGCCAAUCUCUCUCUCUCUUCCUCUCUUACUCGUCUUUAAUCUAUUCUGUUGAAAAGAGAGAUCAAAAAUGCAAUACCAGACAGAGUCGUGGGGAUCAUACAAGAUGAACAGCAUAGGAUUCGGCGGUUUGGGGAUGGUGGCUGACACUGGUCUCCUUCGCAUAGAGUCUCUGGCGGCUGAGAGCGCGGUGGUGAUCUUCAGCGUGAGCACGUGCUGCAUGUGCCACGCUGUGAAGGGUCUCUUCCGAGGAAUGGGCGUCAGCCCCGCCGUCCACGAGCUCGACCUCCACCCCUACGGCGGCGACAUCCAGCGAGCCCUCAUUCGUCUUCUCGGCUGCUCCGGCUCCUCUUCUCCAGGGUCUCUUCCGGUCGUCUUCAUCGGCGGCAAACUGGUUGGAGCUAUGGACAGAGUCAUGGCUUCUCACAUCAACGGCUCUCUCGUUCCUCUCCUCAAAGACGCCGGAGCUCUCUGGCUCUGAUCCCUCCCUCUGCUCUUUUUCUUUGUUUUUAAAGGUUUUUUUCUAAGAGAAUGUGGUGGAGGAAGCUCAUUAGGAAACUAGUCAAUGCUGUAAUGGCAGGUUUUAGGUUAUAGUUUGUAAUUAGAGAGAGAGUUGUUUUAAGCUCACCUUUCUCUGUCUCCCUCGCUCUUCUUCAUCUCUUUAAUCUUUCGAAUGCUCUCAUUAAAUCAUAUACACUUUUGCAUCUUUAUUAAUGUCUCCUGGAUCCCUUAAAGCCUUUUAAAUCUCAAUAUCUAAUCAAAGCCAGUUCCUGUUA